GCUAUGGCCUAUGCCCUAUGCGUAACUUCAAUCUUUUGAGCUAUGACUUAUGACACCUCAUAGUGUGAGCGACGGCUGACUUUCUGCGUACUUUGACGUUUAUUAUUUUCAGUUUUUCCGAGAUUUUCCCGAAUUCGCAACUUUUCAACAUCUCGUUCUAUUUUAAGACGAAUGAGUGAUAAGACUCUUAAUUAUUAACUAGAUCUAUUACUAAUGUUGUUUGGCAUGAAGUUCUUGAACUCGGCAUGAGUUCCUCUUUAUGAAUUAUUGUGAAAAGGUUCGGUUUCCGGGACUGCUAUAAUUUAAGAAUAUGCAAUGGAACUGCAAGUGUUGGAAAGGGCGAUGGCUUUGCAUGCUUUUAAUGUUGGUGUUGUGCCCUCUCAUAUUGAGCCAGAAAAUCGGUGACCCAUAUCAAAUACUAGGUAUACAUCGUCGAGCAACAUUGCCUGAAAUACGCAAGGCGUAUAGGCAAUUGGCAAAAGAAUGGCAUCCAGACAAGAACGAGGAUACAAAUGCUGAAGCUCGGUUUGUUGAGAUCAAGCAAGCAUAUGAACUGCUAGUAGAUUCUGAGCGCAGACAGGCAUAUGAUUUAUAUGGCAUCACCAAUGAAGAUGACCAUAUGUACAAGCAAAGACAUGACUAUAGUCAGUAUGCAAGGUUUAGCAAUGAUCCAUUUGAUUUCUUCAGUGCCCAUUUUCGUUCACAAGACCAAGAUAUAACAUUGUUCCAUAAAUUGUCUGUUACUACCAGACAUUUUGAAAACAAUAUACUCGAAAAGAGUGUCAACACACCAGCUCUGGUGCUGUUUUAUACAGACUGGUGCUUUGACUGUGUCCGAUCGGCUUCUUCUUGGAGAAAACUGGUAGAAGCCCUUCAGCCACUAGGAGUUACCCUGGCGACAGUCCAUGCUGGCCAUGAAGCCAGCUUAGCAAGACGACUUGGGGUACACGGAGUACCUUGCCUGACAUUUGUAUUGGAUAAACAGAUCUAUAUUUAUAAGGAGAGUAUAACAUCAUUACCAAAGGUGCUAGAAUACAUACGCUGGAAGUUCCCAUACAGACUGAUACAUAAUUUGAACGAUGGCAACGCGGACGCAUUUCUGAACGACUUCGAGGACAAUAAAGUGAAGGCUCUGAUAUUUGAGGAGAGACAUUUGAUUAGACUGCGAUACCUGAUCACCGCUUUUCAUUAUAGGGACUGGGUGUCAUUUGCUUUCGUCGACAUAUCAGCCCAUAAUACACAAAACCUAACUGCUAGAUACAAAGUGCAAAGGAAUAUGGACACAAUGGUUCUAUUAAAGGAAGACUCAUCCGAAGCCGCCGCCACAGUCAGCACCACAGAGAUAGCGACACAGACUCUCACACAACUCAUAGAAGCUAAUCAGAUAUUGACCUUGCCUCGACUCUCUUCACAGAGCGUUCUAGACACGGUAUGUCCCGUGGAGUGGCGCGCCGCCCGGCGUCGUCUGUGUUGCGUUAUAAUAACACGUGACUCGCACGUGCUACGAGACCUACGUCCGCUCGCCAAGCGUGCGCCCGAGCGACUGAGGUACGCGUACUUGUAUGCGCAUAAGCAACCGGAAUUUGUCACUGCAUUGGCCAAUGUUUCCGGGAUAGACCUCUCGUCAAUAGAACACCGCAUUGUAGUAAUAUGGCGGCGUGAAGCGACCAGAGUUCAAUUUGAGUGGUUAAACGAAUCUUGGCCGAGUUGUGCCAGGUGUGAUGAUGACCCGACUUACCAACAGCGGCUCAAUGAGACCACGAGAGCAUUGGAACAGCUGGUCAAAAGGCUGCUCAAACCCAAUGAAGUGGUGGCUUAUGAAGCAAGAGUACAAGAAUUACUUGACGAAGCGGCUAAAAGUGCGAUAUGGCGAGCCUUCCUCAAAGUAGGGGAGUGGAGCGAAAGGACGAUCCUGGCUUUGAGGACUCAGCACGCGAUAUCAGCCAUCUCUGUACUGGCAACUGUCGUAUUGGUACUUGCCAUUGGAUAUUUGAUGGCGUAUCUUAUCCGCGUAGAAGAAGAGUCUGUACAACGUCAAAAACAAGAGAGACGCGACCAAAAUGGCGGCAAAAAGGAAACAAAACCAGAGAUGAGAAUGCACGAACUCAGAGCUGAGAAAUACAAUGGACUUGUCAGACUACAGAAGCCGGGUUGCCGGACGAUUGUCUUGUUGGUGGACAUGCAAAGUCGUGUGCAGCUCUUGUCCAAAUUUCAUAAAAUCGUUUGGCCUUAUCGCAAGAACAAAACACUAGUGUUCGCGUAUCUGUGCGUGGAGCGAGGCGUGGAAUGGUUCAGGCGGGUUCUGGAGCUGUCCCUCGGUGGAGGUGCCUUGAGGGUGAAUGCUCGCAACUGCGUGGGCACAGUUCUGGCCCUGAACCCCCACAGGAAGUACUUCUGCAUCUACCACGCGAAGCAUCCAGAGUGCACUAAGCCGCAUAAGCGAAUGAGUCGCAUGACCCGUUCCCUUGGUGGUGGCGACAUCGAUCCGGAAGCUGGGGCCUUCAUUGGAUUCACAACGGACCCGGAUUCCUCUGAUGAAGACUCCUACGAUCCGCCCAUACUCUUGCAAGAAAAUCUCCUCGAUGGUUUGGAGAAUUGGUUGGAUCGUCUCUUCGAAGGCAGCACCCAUCGGUACUACAUCAACUACUGGCCUGACAUGACAACCAAGUGAGACCUCUUUAGUUUUAGUUCUCUUUGGUAUUUUUGUUUACCACGAAGGUGGCAUAAACUUUUUGCUGUCUUUUCGUGUUGGUUUGAAUUUCGAACGGCUGAAAAGUCAUUCGCCAUUUGUUUCGGUGAAUUUUUGUGUUUAUAUGUGGUUUAGAUUUGGGGAGUUUUUAAGCUUUUUCACGUGGUUUUUUUCUUAUUUAGACAUUGUUAUUUAAAUAGACAGUAAUUAAACCAAAAAUAUAUUUCCGAUUACUGUCUGAAGGCUUCUAGCCUGGUUAUACUGCCCAAGAAUUUGACCAGUUAGAUAGAGGUAGUGUGUUAAUAUCUAUGGUUUGGAGGUUUGUCUGUGGACAACAUUUUUGGUGGCCCCAAAUAUUUUAAAAUAUGUAAUGUGGGAAUAGACAAUGCUAUGGUUUUUAGUAAUGAUGAAAGACUUUGAAAUUUCAAUUUCAUCUUGACAUAGGAUCGUUGACGGUUAAAUUUCUUUUUCUUGACGUUAUAAAUGUUUUGACUAUUAUUCUAUCAACAAAGGUAUCCAUUGUCUAUUCUCUAUGAAUUGUGGUAUUAUAAGGAUCAAAUAUUAUGGAAUUAGUGCCUAUCACAAUAGUACUGAUAGUCGCACGUAGGUUAGUUUUAAUUAUAAUAUCUAAAGGACUAUUUAUUGGUAAUGUUUAAUUUAUGUAUAACGAAUGUUUGGUUUAGCUAUGGUCGGACGGUUUCAGGAUUUUAGUAGUUUUAUGUCGGUUUUAGCAACCAACAAAAUAUAUCGUAAUAAUAUAUUAUUUCACUGUCAAUGCGAUAACAGAUGUUAUUUUGAAAACCCCAGGGGUUUGAGACAAAGUCAUUAGGGCAUAAGCUCACACUUUGUCACGUGACCACUUUCAUGUCACGCCACCUGGCGUUACCCCUGUCGAAGAGGGAUUUUGUCUCUCCCUGGGACAAUAUAACUAGAUUACAUUGCGCAGGUUUGCGAGGUUAAAUGUGACGUUUUAAAAAUUAAUUUAUUGUGAAAAUUUAUUUAAAUUUUACAAAUAAGGUUUGCCAAAAUUACAAUUUAAAGUAUUUUCCUUGGUUCUAGUCAACAAUUUUUACGGUUAGCUUGUAAAUAAGGCUCUCUUCAAUAUCUCACAAUAGCUAGUAAUAUAUACAGUAUUAUACUCUGGCACUGUAGACAAUAACGCCCGUAUUUUUUCACAUAAUCCGAAUAACAAUUCUCCAAGGCUGUCACUAAAUAUAUUUGACAGUUCUUGAAAGUAGAGUUUGAUUAAUGCGGGCCUAAAUUUGGUAGUCGCAAUUUCUUACAUAUUUAUUAAUUUGAUUAAUUUAAUGAACCAAAAAUGCUGCUUCACCAUUAGUAUUUAUUUAUUUGAAUAUUGUUCUGACAUAAGAAUGCAUUGUUAUGGACAUUCAACUGUGGCUACCAAAUUUAAUGUUUCUUAGUAUUCGAAUUUACAAUUAAUAUAUCCUAAUAUUUUAAAAUAAGUAGAAAAAUAAAACAGUGCCUACACUUUAAUAUUAAAUGUCACAUUUUCUGCUGAAUAUUACCAUUAUUAUUGUAAUGUUUUGAUUCCUGGCAACACCAGUGAAGCUCAAAAAUAUGUAUUGGAAAGUUAGUGCUUUUUUGCUUAUGGUGUAUAAUAAUUUUGAAAUGUAGCUGAAGAUACAUUUGUAUAAAACAUUGCUCUUUACCAUUCUUUAAAUUCAAGGUUAGGUGAUGAUAUUUUAUAAUUGCAACGUUUAAACAUGAGUUUUUUUUAAUAUAUUUAAAAUUAAAAUAAUAUAAAAUAUGUUUAUUUUGGAAUAUAAGAUACAGGUAUCGCUUAUUCCACACCAUUUAAUCACCGAUUCAAAGAUGAAAUAAUUCUACUUAUCGGCAAACAAGACAGAGGGUGUAGGCUGAGAGGUAAAGCUGGCGUAAAAAACUCUCAGUACUAACUUUACAGUAUGCCUUUCUACACAGCUUGUCUUUAAUACAUUUCUUAAAUUUAUUAAAAGGCAGAGAUAAAAGAGCCUCUGGGAUUUUGUUAAAGAAAAGUAUUCCUUAAUUGAUAAUAAAUAUCUAUGAUAUAAUGGAGUUUACAACCUUCAUAAUAUGCAUUACAAAAAAUUAAAACUACUAAAUGUAUUAAAGUAAUGAUAGUAAAGACCAAUUUUCCAUUAUUUAAAUUUUAAAAUAUUCUCUUUUAUUCCAUGAUACUAGAUCAGAUCAGGGGGGAUCUUUCAAUCGGGGCUUUUUGGACUGCAGACCAGUCUCGUGGAUACAAAGGGCCCCCAAUCCCUACUGGGGGUGAUCUUGAACUAUAGGAAUAUAAAAAAAAUCUGAGAUUUUAAAACAUCCAAUCAUAAGGUUGGAACCCCAAAUCUAUCCAGCGCAUCUACCAAAAUAAACGGGGAUUCCCCGUCGCUUAUUUUUGGUGGGUGAGUUUUUCGCGUGUGCGUCUAAACGGGGUCUUCCCCAUAAUAAACAAACUAUCUUUAUUCAUAUAGGUAAACAAGUAUAUUUAUAUGAACGUCAAAAAAACUAAAUCAAUUCUGAAUUUACAUUUACUGCCAGUUCUCAAAUCAAGAGCGUAGAACGGAAGAGAAGAACUAGCAAUAAACUCUCCGCCACUCUUUAAUCGCCAAGUUUUUUUUACAUAACGUUUGUAAGGAGCUGCAACAGUGCAUAGCCCAACCUGGGAAAUUGUCCUUUUUAAUGCUUUAGUGAGUACUUGUAGCUGGCUACUUGUGGGUACUUUCCACGAUUUUUAUAUUCUCCGCGCCUAUAACAUUUAUAAAAGCGAGUACUGGCUGGUACAACACUAUUAUUAUAAACAAUUCAAAUAAUUAAAACACCUUGAAUUUAGAGACAUCUAAAGAGCAAUGAAAAUACUGUUGUAAUUUCGAUUGGAAAUGUGUAACAAUUUGCCUAGUCAAUAUUACGGAUGUUAUUAGCUAUUAAGUAGUAUAAUUUGUGUGUAUUGGGAUUAAGUUGGGCGUGGCUUGUAAUAAGUCUUGACAAAAAUAGCUACUAUA